GUUUUUUGAUGGACCCAGAAGCUUGUCGGUGAUAGAUUUGUAGCUUGUCGGAAUUUUUAGAUGGCAACAACGCCGGCUCAGCCUCCUGUUUCAACUUCUCCACCGCCUCCACCGGUUGUUUCUCCGCCGUUGGGCAGUUCUCUUCCGACUAACAAUGCUACUUCACCUCCACCGUCUCAGUCUCCUCCUCCGGCCACACCACCACCGGUGACAUCACCACCGCCACCAAAUGAUGCUCCUCCUCCGGUUACAACCUCACCACCAAAUGAACCACCUCCUCCUCCUCUGCCUAAACCACCUGAGACCUCUCUCCCACCGCCACAGCCAGUGAUCCCUUCACCUCCUCCUUCAACUUCACCGCCGCCACCGUCCGUGCAGCCACCACAAGCGUCUCCUCCACCACCAUUGCCUUCUUCCCCUCCACCUCCUUCAUCUGUUCCUCCUCCACGCCCUUCUCCUUCCCCACCAAUCUCACAACGCUCUCCUCCACCGUCUUCAGGGCGUCCCUCUCAGUCUCCUCCUCCUUCACCGCCUCCAGAGCGUCCCAUUCAGUCUCCUCCUCCUCCUUCUCCAUCAGGUCGUCCCGUUCAGUCUCCUCCACCACCACCAGAGGAUACUACUCCACCGCCUUCAGAUACUCUACCACCACCAACAUUCUCUCCUCCUCCUCCUGUUCAAGAUUCUCCUUCCGAGAUACUUGUACCACCAGGUUCCAACAAUACACCUCAAAACAACCUUCCUCCUAGUGCUCCUGAUACCUCAAACUCUACUCAUAGUAGUAGCAUUGGUACUGGACCUAUCGUUGGCAUCACUGUCGCAGUAGCCCUCAUAGUUUUCAGUCUUAUUGGACUCAUUGUCUGGUGCGUGAGAAGACGAGAGAAACGCCUCUCAGCUGUUAGUGGUGGCUAUGUCACACCAUCACCAAUGAGCUCCUCCUCUUCAAGACCAGAUGCAGCUUUCUUUAGGACACAGUCAUCUGCACCUAUAGUAUCCGGAAAGCGUUCAGGGAGUUACUUCUCACAAUCGCAAUCCGGCGGCUUAGGCAAUUCAAGACCACUCUUUUCAUACGAGGAACUUGUGAAGGCAACGAAUGGCUUCUCACAAGAGAAUCUAUUGGGUGAAGGUGGGUUUGGUUGUGUAUACAAAGGGGUGCUACCUGAUGGGAGAGUAGUCGCUGUGAAACAGCUUAAGAUCGGUGGAGGACAAGGUGACAGAGAGUUCAAAGCUGAAGUCGAGACGCUUAGCAGAAUCCAUCACAGGCACUUGGUUUCGAUCGUGGGACAUUGCAUCUCUGAUGACCGUAGAUUGCUCAUUUAUGAUUAUGUCUCUAACAACGACCUUUACUUCCAUCUUCAUGCAUCUAAAGAAGUUCUUGACUGGGCAACACGUGUUAGAAUCGCUGCUGGUGCUGCUCGUGGACUAGCUUACCUCCAUGAAGAUUGUCAUCCUCGUAUCAUUCACAGGGACAUCAAGUCGUCUAACAUUCUUUUAGAGGACAACUUUGAUGCUCGGGUUUCUGACUUUGGUCUUGCAAGAUUAGCUCUUGACUGUAACACUCAUAUCACCACACGGGUUAUGGGAACAUUUGGCUACUUGGCUCCUGAGUAUGCAUCAAGCGGGAAACUAACAGAGAAGUCUGAUGUAUACUCCUUUGGAGUUGUUCUUCUCGAGUUAAUCACUGGACGUAAACCAGUGGAUACAUCUCAACCACUGGGAGAGGAGAGCCUUGUUGAAUGGGCAAGGCCUCUGAUAAGCCAUGCCGUAGAAACUGAGGAGUUUGAUUCGUUAGAAGACCCCAAGCUUGGAGGAAACUAUGUGGGUUCCGAGAUGUUUAGAAUGAUUGAAGCAGCGGGAGCCUGCGUGCGCCACUCGGCUGCCAAGAGACCUCGGAUGGGACAAGUUGUGAGGGCUCUUGAGAGUUUAUCUGCGGAAGACCUGACCAAUGGGAUGAGACUAGGGGAAAGCGAAGUCUUUGACUCAGCUCAACAGUCAGCUGAGAUCAGAUUGUUCAGGAGAAUGGCGUUUGGUAGCCAAAAUUAUAGUACAGAUUUUUUCACACAUAGUAGUCACAACAGCAGAGACCAAAACGUGUAAAUAUCCAUACACAAGGUUGUUUUUUUGAUCUCUCGGUGUUAAAAGGCAACAAAACCCUUCAAGACCAUCCAAGUUUUGUCUGAAAAUCUCCCAUCUUUUUGCACCUCAAGCCCACAAAUCUCAAUGCAGAACCUUCUUGAGUACCCAAAACAAAAUAGAGGAUUUUCAGAGGAGCAUGUGGUAGGAAGAUUAGAGCAAGAGAGGUUUUUGUUUCUUACAUGAAAGUACUUUUUUGUAUCUAUUUCUUAAUCUUACAAGUUUGCACAUUCUGUGACAUUACCUCCUCGUCAUGUUGUCUCAUUCUUAUACCUAUGAUAAAUCAACACGGAUCUUUUCUUUGUCUCUU